AUGGAACCCAGAAUCCUGAAUUCUGUCACCCGUCCUGGCCCCGAGGCUGAUCUCUACACCGUUCGUGCUUCCAUCAAGGGUUACAUUCGACAUCCUUACCAUAAUGAGCCAUACCCAGGCAUGGUUGCAUCCGAUGAAACCUCCCGUGUCGUCGAGGGACUCUUGGUCUUUGGCCACACCAUGAUGGACCGUUUCAGGCUGGACCAAUUCGAGGGUUCGGAAUACACCAAGGAGGUGCUGCAGGUGCAGGUGCUCGAUCCAGUACCGGGUGUUUACAAUGUACUGGGGCAAUCAAAGCCAUUGGCAGCCGGAGACUUCGUUUCUGCAUACGUAUACGUUUUCACCGGGCCACACAUAUACCUAGAUCGCGCGAGAGAAUGGGACUUUGAGACAUUCCAACGAGAUCAUGUCACCAUCUGGAUGCAGACCAGUUUGGACUUUGCACACGAACAGCAAGACCAGAAAGGGGAACAAGAAUAA